AUUUAAACUAAUGCAUGGAUGCAUUUCAUAUUAAAUUGCCAUAUGGUUAGCUUUAACCUCCACUAUGUAGCCUGUCACUACUAGGAUAUGCCUGCAGGGAGUUAUACCAUGCAGUUUAUUUUUUUAUAUAUAUAUUUGUUGGAUGAUUUUCCUGCGGUACAAACACUCUUCCGUGAGGCAGCAGAUUGGCUGCGUGUGCGCACAUUUCAGUGCAGCUUGUCAGCGCAUCUUUCUCAGUCACCGCCGGAUGGGAGGAGAGGAGAAGGAUAGAUGCGUUAGAGUCGGCAGAGGGAGAGGAAGAGAGAGAGAGAGAGAGAGAGGGGGGAAGGCAAGAGGUGGAGGAGCGGCUGGUUAUCAGACGUAAAGGUGUAGCCAACGAGGGGCUUCUUCCUCUAAAAGAUUUUCCACUUUCACUGGCCGUUUAUUCUGAGCAGAGAGCGAGUCGGGGAGUGAUCCACUGCUCCUGACGCGUAAGGGCUGCCCCUGUACGCCUCCAGUCACCACCGCCGCCGAUAAAGGAUGAUAGGCUUGAUUGUGUAGCGCAAAUUAACAUCAAAGUGUCAUUACAUCCACAGUGAAGGAAGAGGAGGAGGAACGCUAUGAUCCGAAGAUGAUCUCUGCCAAGAAAACUCCGGAGAAGAGUCGUUAUCCUAUCCACUAUUUGGUGUGGCACAACAAGCACCGACAGCUGGAGAAGGAGCUGGCAACGAACGAGCAGCCUGAUUUAGAGUCUCUGGACCCUCGUGGUCGGACUCCUCUCCACCUGGCUGUCACACUGGGCCAGCUGGAAUGCACCAGGGUCUUGCUGCAGAAUGGAGCUGACGUCAGCAAAGAAAACCGCAAUGGAUGGACCGUUCUUCAGGAGGCGGUGAGCACCAGAGAUCCGGAGUUGGUGCGUCUCGUGCUUCGUUACCGUGACUACCAGAGGACUGCCAAGAGGCUGGCGGGCAUCCCCGUCCUGCUGGAGCGACUGCGCCAAGCCCAGGACUUCUAUGUGGAGAUGAAAUGGGAGUUUACCAGCUGGGUGCCCCUGGUGUCCCGCAUCUGCCCCAGCGACACCUACAGAGUUUGGAAGAGCGGUCAGUGUCUCCGUGUUGACACCACCCUGAUGGGCUUUGAACAGAUGACCUGGCAGAGAGGAAACCGGAGCUUUAUUUUCAGAGGACAAGCAGACUCAAGUGCAGAAGUGAUGGAGGUUGACCAUGACAGGCAGCUGGUGUACUGUGAGACCCUGUGUGUCUCAUCUCUCCCAGCGCUUUCACCCGGCAAGGGGAACGGAGGCGCCUGCAGCAGCAAUGCCGCCAGUUUGGGUCUCCUGGGGGCGGUGCAGCCCAGCGAUGAGCAGGUAGCAACCAGGCUGUCUGCGCCUGUGGUGACCACUCAGCUGGACACCCGCAACAUCGCCUUUGAGAGGAAUAGGACGGGUAUCCUGGGCUGGAGAAGUGAGAAGACUGAAACAGUGAAUGGAUAUGAAGCCAAGGUUUAUGCUGCAUCCAAUGUGGAGCUGAUCACCAGGACCAGAACUGACCAUCUGUCCGACCAGAACAAGAACAAGACUAAAGGUGGGAAGACGCCACUGCAGAACUUCCUCGGUAUCGCAGAGCAACACAUGGGCCCAAACAACGGGGCCCUGAUCACCCAGAUGUCGACUCCUGCGUUGACCAACCCUGCGGCACUGACUGCCGAGGAGUACUUCAACCCCGGCCUGUCACCGACUCAGAGGGACAUCGGCCACCAGUGCCAACUCACCACCAAGACCCAGAGGUUUAAAGCCAAGCUGUGGCUGUGCGAGUCCCAUCCUCUGUCCCUGGCAGAGCAAGUGGCGCCCAUCAUCGAUCUGAUGGCGAUCUCCAACGCCCUGUUCGCCAAGCUGCGUGACUUCAUCAUGCUGCGCUUGCCGCCUGGCUUCCCAGUCAAGAUUGAGAUCCCUCUUUACCACAUCCUGAACGCCAGGAUCACGUUCAGCAACCUGAACGGCUGUGAGGAGGGGACGGGUGUCCGUGCUGACAACGAACUCGGCGUGGACGGGGACGGGCAGAGAGACACCCCCAGGACAGAUACACCAUCUCCUGGCAGCGACUCCUCCAGCGUCUCCAGCUCCAGCUCCAGCUCCACAAUGUCGUGUCGAGCAGGAGAGAUUCCCCCAUGUGUGUUCGAGCCCCCGCCUGGAUACACCAUGCUAGGUGGCAAACAGAGAGACAGCAUGAGGGAGGAGGAGGAAGACCUGCUGCAGUUCGCCAUACAGCAGAGUCUGCUGGAGGCCGGCUCCGAGUACGACCAGGUGACCAUCUGGGAGGCGUUGACCAACAGCAAGCCGGGAACACACAACCUGUCCUGUGACCCAAGUCGUCUCGACAGUACCCCCCAGCACAAGCCCCGCCCCCCCUCCAGCCUGUCCUCCACGCCCUCCAAGAAGCAGCCGACCAACUGCAGCUACGGCGAGCAGCUGCGCAUCGCCAUGGAGAUCUCGGCCCGGGAGCUGGAAGAGGCGGAGCUGCGGCGGCGGCAGGAGGAGGAGGAGCUGCAGCGCAUCAUCCGGCUGUCGCUCAUGGACAAAUGAGAGCGGAGUGGCCCAGCGGGGGCGGAAGGGGGUGGGA